AUUGAUAAGCAGCAAACAAUUAGCAAUUGUCAGCUAUUGUUACCAAAGUACUAUAAUCCCAACCUCAAUACUGCACUGCAAUCAGAGUGAAAGUCGAAACGUUAGGCGUGUGAUAAAAAUUUCCUUACCUACCGACCACCCACUGCUGCUGCUAUUUGUAAUGUUAUCAGUGCUCGAGGCGCGCUAAAAAACGCCUACAAAAACAACAAUUGAAGCAACAGCGACUGCUUAGGAAAUUCUGAAGGACAUUCGAUUUGAAGUUGCAGCAGUGGCAGUGGCAGCAACGGCCUGCGGAAGCGUCGAACGUGCACACAAUUCCAAAAAGCAAUUAAUGGGGGCCAUGAACCAAAAAGAACAACUGACAAACAGCAGCAGCAACAACAAGCACAACUGACUAACGGACAAAAAUCCGUUUAAAAACAAAGAAAAAUAGAAAAAAUUAAUAUUUAAUUUUACCAACUGAGCAAUAAAAACUAGUCAUAAUUCAUAUGGAAGCGACCGCAAGUUCCAAGUUCAGCGAUGUGGACGAGUACGGAUUUAAGCGUGGCGAUAAGUUCGAUUACAAGUUCUAUGGGAAGUUUAUGGAUGGUUAUUUAAAGAUAUUGACGCGCCGGMGAAUUAAAUGGGAGAAUUUACUUCAGCAGAAUCCGGAUUUCAGGAUGAUAAGUCCGAAAUUAAAGCGAUAUAUACGCAAGGGCAUACCAGGUCCAUAUCGCGCGGAUGUUUGGAUGAAAAUUAGUGGUGCCGAUGAGGCAAAGCAACGAAAUCCUAACCUUUAUCAUAGUUUAUUAAAUAUCGAGCAUUUCAACAAAGAAAUCUGCGAUUCCAUAUCAAUCGAUCUACCUCGAACGUUUCCCGACAAUAUCCACUUCGAUGCCAAGAAGGAGCGCCUCUUUAACAUACUCUGCGCUUAUGCGCAUCAUAAUCGAGAUGUUGGCUACUGCCAGGGUCUCAACUAUAUAGCCGGCCUGCUGCUGAUUGUCACCGAUGACGAGGAAAAGUCCUUCUGGCUGCUGAAGCAUAUCGUUGAGAAUAUAGUGCCGCAGUAUCACUCACAUAAUAUGGCCAAUCUGUUGCGAGACUUGGCUGUGUUCAGGGAGCUGGUCAUAAGACGUGUGCCGGCUGUUAACCGACACGUGGAAGACAUGAAUUUACCCUAUGCGGUGAUAGCCAGCAAAUGGUUCAUUUGCAUAUUUGCCGAAGUUUUGCCCGUGGAAACUGUGCUGCGAAUAUGGGAUUGUGUWUUCGCUGAAGGUUAUAAGAUUGUAUUUCGUGCAGCUUUGGCCAUGUUCAUUACACAUAAGAAUGAUAUAUUGCGCUGUGACGAUAUUGCGGCACUAGCCACCAUGUUUCGCGACCAUAUGAUACAGGAUAAUAUAGUCACCGACUGCCAUAGCUUUGUAGAAGCCAUGUUUUCCUUGCGUUUGAAACGCAAUGAGGUUGAGAGCUUGCGCAAAAUAGCUGUGCUAAAUGGAAACUAAGCAGUUAAUCAAAAUAGAACAAAAAGUAACAAGAGAAAAGACCCUCAUCAAAAUAAUAUGGAAACAAAAGAAAGCAAUCGUAAAAUUCAAUUAUUAGAGAUGUAGCUUAUGUGUCCAAUCCAUAUAUAUAUAUAUGUAAUAUUUUACGUGUGUAUUUGUGUAUAGCCUCAUAGUAGCCAAUGUAUUUUGAGUAUUAUUCGAAACAAAACUAAAUAUGAUACCAAAGUUAAAUUCCAA